GUGGGCACAGAGGGCCAGUGGAAUAGUGGGCACAAAGGACCAGUGGAACAGUGGGUACAGAGGACCAGCGGAACAGUGGGUACAGAGGACCAGAGGAACAGUGGGUACAGAGGACCAGAGGAACAGUGGGCACAGAGGACCAGUGGAACAGUGGGUACAGAGGACCAGAGGAACAGUGCACAGAGGGCAGUGGGAUACAGAGGACCAGAGGAACAGUGGGCACAGAGGACCAGUGGAACAGUGGAUACAGAGGACCAGAGGAACAGUGGAUACAGAGGACCAGAGCAACAGUGGGCACAGAGGGCCAGAGGAACUGUGGAUACAGAGGACCAGAGCAACAGUGGGAACAGAGGACCAGAGGAACUGUGGAUAGAGAAGACCAGAGCAACAGUGGGAACAGAGGACCAGAGGAGCAGUGGGAACAGAGGACCAGAGGAACUGUGGAUAGAGAAGACCAGAGCAACAGUGGGAACAGAGGACCAGAGGAACAGAGGACCAGAGGAACAGUGGGUACAGAGGACCAGAGGAACAGUGGGCACAGAGGACCAGAGGAACAGUGGGCACAGAGGACCAGAGGAACAGUGGGCACAGAGGACCAGAGGAGCAGUGGGUACAGAGGACCAGAAGAACAGUGGGCACAGAGGACCAGAGGAACUGUGGAUACAGAGGACCAGAGCGACAGUGGGCACAGAGGACCAGAGGAACUGUGGAUACAGAGGACCAGAGCAACAGUGGGCACAGAGGACCAGAGGA